AUGGAGUCAAUUCACGAAGGGCUAGAAUACCUUGACAACUCAACAGAUGAUUCCUUCACCAGAGGCCACAGUGGCUUAGUAAAUGGCUACUCGGAGCAUAAAUCCGAUCUGGAAAAUCCUGGUGAAGUACGACAGAAUUUGAGGGCGGCAAUGAAAGGUGCCCGCCAGCGAAUCACAAACCUUCGAUUGGACCUGGAGGAAAAGUAGGUUGAAUAUAGCUAUCAUUAAGCUUGAUAUCCAUGCAGCUCCAUAUCAGUUGAAUUCAUCACCAAAUAGAUUAUGGUUUGUUUCAAAUAUUGAGUAUAAAUAUGCUUAAAAUAUUGGCUCUUUUGAUGGUCUACGGAUAUCAGUUCGUUUCUGAACUUGUGUAGCAACGCAACUUUGCAUGGACGCCAUCGAGCUUCGAGCGUUGAUUACAAGUCUUGAUCGUGUGUUUAUUUAUUUGUUAGAAUUAAAUACUAGCACAAGAAACUAAGAGAGGAAGUUUUGAUGACUCGGAUGAAUAGUUUAGAGAGCUAAACUCCCGCAAAGUUGAACGACAGUACGACCAUGACAGUAUGAGGUUAUGGAUUAUUCGUAGAAUUCCUUUAAUACGCGUACGGGUCUCGAGGGCUUUUGAAAGUAUUUUUAACAUUUUAAUUGCAGUGUGUAUUUAAUUUUCUUUUGUUUGACUAUUGUAUCGUUUCAUCGUUUUAAAAUGUGGUCCUGAGGUGUCUUGUUUCCAUCAACCUGCUGUUUGCGAUAAACAAACAUGUCUGACUCUCCACAACUUUGCUGGUGCUGAGUUUUAAAAAAUGAUUUAGAAGUUUUUAUCGAUCGAUGUAAACUCUGUGAUGAUUUAUUUCCGCUGUUUCAUUGUGUGGCAUUUUCUGCUUUAAUUGCUGGUCUCAAAGUCGGAGUUUUUAUACAAAAUUCGUCGAACAAAAUUAAUGUACGGUGUAAUUGUAAAGCUAUGAAGUCUUCUUUUCCAAAACAUUAUGGCAACCGGCCAAUUUAGCUUCAACACCUUGGACAGAUUUUAUGGUAAGUUUGCAUACAUAUACGAAGUAUCAACUUUGUAAAUAAGUACUGUGAUCCUGAAUAACGAAUAGACAAAGAUUAAAACAACCAAUGAUAUUAAUUUUUUUUAUCUUUCAAAGUGUUCUUUAAUGCAAAUUUAGUAAUAAAAUUAUCCACUGAAGUACGUCAGAUUUAAUUUUUAUGACAAAAAACACUUAACAAGGCACGAACCGUUCUCAGUCUUUGAAAUAUGACAAAAACGUUUGAUAGUCUUCUUCCUAUUAAACUUAAUAGUGCACAUAUAAGAUUAAUGAGAAUCACUUACAAUUGUUGGUAAAAAUAGUUUAUGUUAUCUGUAGACAUGUUAUUAAUACAACAACAUCAUACCCUUUGUAUAAUACUACCAAUAAUCACUGUUGAUGAAUAAUACAACUUGCAAAAAUUGCAGAUAUUGGAACCAAGAGAAAUUUAGACAAAUGUAUUUUAAGUACUUUUGAUAAACAAUGUAAAUUGUAAUUUAGGGAUAAACUUCUGGAUGCAGAAAAGUCAUUAAGAAAAACCUUGGAGGCAGAAUUAGCAGAGAAAACUGAAGAACUAUACAAGGAAAAAACUAUGAGCUUGCGUGCAGAGAAUGAAGGAUAUUCACUCAUGAAUACGACAAGCAGUUUUGGAGAGGAUACUUCCUCAUUUAGGGAAGAAUUAUCCCUUGCACAGCGCUUGAAUCUACAGGUAAUUCAGUUGCAAUUUUUAAGGGUUUGCUUACAAAAUGAGUAAUUUUCAUUUAACUUUUUUAACCAAUAUAGUGGUGAACAGCACAAUAUAAUUGGCAGCUAUAUGUAAGAUAUUUUGACAAACACAGAAAACAAUAUAUUUAUUUAAACCCUUUUAUUACCAAGAUCUGAUUGUUUAAUUCCCCCCUCUAACUGCUAAACAUUUCCUUGUAAAUUAGUUAUGAGAAUUUGGUGUUAGAUCAAGAUAACAACUUCUACCUGAUAAGUUUGAGUAUUCUCAUUACUUGUUUGUGGGAAAAUGUAUUGAUAUUAUAGGGAGAAGUUGCAUGUUAAUCACUUCUGGGAGUUGAAGGGUUUAUAGUGAUUUAUUGUAUCUAAAGUUUAUGAAUAUUACAUUGUAAUAUUUUUAUUUCCAAAUAAAACAGAGUAAAAAAUACAUGUGAAAACUUUUUCUGAAAACAAAAGAAAAAUUAUAUCCUCAUAAAUAAUCCUCGCUUGACCUACCACUGAAUUUAACAUUUUUGUUUUACCUGCGGUAUUUUGUAUAGCUAACAGAGAAGUUAUCCAGAGCAGAAGCUGAAAUCGAAGCAUCCAGAGUAAGCCGUGGUGAACUCUUGGCUCAAACUGAGUCAAAAAUUGCUGCUCGUGGGGCAGGUAAGGAAGGAAAACAAAGCUGAAGAGUGAAACAGGAAAUGAUUGACCUGUCAAGACUGGCAAUCUUAUACUAUAGUCCUUAAAUAAACUAAACUAAAUGGUCUCUAUUUCAAUUGAAAAUAUGCUUGGAUGUAUGUUCCAGGAAUUAAACAGUUUUCCUUCAGCUAUGCUGUUGGAAAACUGUGAGUAGCAUGGUACAGUUGAUUUUGAAGGACAAAUAGACCAGCAUAAAGAUCUUAAAUGAAGACUUGGGGACAUAAGGUUUAAAAAUUGAGGAAUAUCUUUUAGAGAGCAUCACCAGAUGUUCCCCAGUUUUAGCUGGGUCAUCUUUGAUCAUGUGAUACCUCUACACCAAUCAAACAUGAGCAAAAAUAAUUGAUGGAUUAUAAUUUGCAUGAAUACUCCUCUUCCUCUUACGAACAGAAGUGGAAAUGGUGAUCUCCCUGGAUUUGAUAGCAUCGUGGAAAUUGCGAUAACUUCUAAAUAGGAAUUUCUCAAACAGCACUAUAUGCAGCUUUUUUGUCAAAUACUUUUUAAGAACAGUAAUAUUUUCUUUGAGGUUAUCAAAUGGCUGAAAAUUUAAUUUUGUUUAUAGCAAAACUCACCACAUGGCAUGUUUUGUGAACCAGAAAAUUAAAAUGAAGGAUCUCCUCUUGUGAAAUGAUAUUUGGAAUGUGAAGUUAGUAUGUGUUAAAAACAGCUGGAGAUGCAAAGUGAAAAGACUAAAUUAAUUUUAUUACACUGAAGGAUAGAAUUAAAAAAAAUGGAUUAAAUUGAAAUGUUGUUUUUCAACCAUUACAGCUCUUGUGGAAAAAAUCUACCAAGCCCAGAAGGAGCGAGAUGCCGCUAUGAAUGCCAGACUGCAUAUGGCAAACUCUGAACGAGAGGAGCUAAUUGACAAACUUAGAAGAGCUGAAAGAGAACAUGCUGGGUAAUACUAUUAAGAAAAUUGCUGCCAACUAUACUAUUGGUUAAGUUGUUGUUAAAACCUUUCACCCCCAUGAUCUCAUCAGUAAUUCUCCUUACUGUCUACCACAAUUCUUACAAUCUGAGUUUGGAGAAGUUGUAUUGGAUCAACUUAUUAUCCCCUAAUUGAUAUUUUUCUUUAUUCUCAUCACUUGUUCACUUGAUAUUGUAUUGAUAUUCCAAGGAGAAAUUCUGUCUUGGUCACUCAUGGGAGUGAAAGGGUUAAAUUUUCAUUAAAAUCAGAUCACAAGAAAACUUUUUUUAUGCAGUUAUCAUAAGGCUUUGAUGAAGAUAGAAUAGAAGUUCCCACUGAAAAUUCCUCUUAGACUCCCCCACCCCCACCCCCACCCCUCUCCUUAUUUUUGACCGUCAACUGCCCCCUUGAUACAAAUUUCUUUCUCUCCCCAGCCUUCCACUGCCAUUGAAAUGAAAGAUGGCAGCCAUAAUUUUCAUAAGAAAUUACUGAGUACUUGCUCACCAAAAUUAUGUCUGCUCUGCAGGCUAACCACCCAGCUAAGGGUUGAAUUCUUUUGGCAUCUCAGUUUUUUAUCCUCUUCUGUCCCAAAGCUCAUGAUCAACUUCUUUUUUUACUUUUUAAAAGAUACCUUAUCUUUAAAUCUGAUCAGUUAGAUUUUGGUUGAUUAAAAAAGAUUUUAUUUGAUGAUUAGAUGACAGAUAAAGCAAAAGGUGACGUUUGAAUGAGUUAAGUAUUAUAACUAGUAGUCUCAUUAUUCUUGUGGUUUUUUUUGAUUGACAGAUUUGACUCAGGUGUUGACAGUGUGUACGAGGACGAAGAAACUGAGCCAGUAUGUGUAAUUAUUAGAUAUCAUAAGAAGAUAUUGAUAUUACUUUUUAACAAUAAUAUUAUGUUUUUGAAAAAUAAAUUUCAGACCAGUCAAGCUGCUUUGAAGAAAUACUGCUCAAACUCUCGUCUCUGUACUAAUAUUUUGUUGCAAGAAAGGAUCUCUUAAUCCUCUAACUCUCAGAUCAAAUUUGUAGUUCUCCAUACUUAAACCAUUAAUACAAUUCUUAUAAUGUUAGUUCAGAGAAUUUAGAGUUGGAUCAACUAAUUAUCCUCAAAUUCAUAUUUUUCUUUCUUCUCAUCACUCAUCUGGUUGAUAUUGUAUUGAUAUUGUUUGGAGAACUUCUGUCUUGAUCACUAUGGGAGUUAAAGGGUUAAAAAAAUUUUGGAAACAUAAUAUGUUCCAUUUCUGUUUAUUCUAUGAUCAAUAUACCUUGGUGAAGUUCUUAAUUCUUUCACUCUUAAGAGCUCUUUUUGAUAGGAAUUCUCCUGACUGUAUGCCAUUCAAUUUUUAUAUGUUAGUUUGGAGAAUUUGGUAUUGGAUCAACUAAGGAUCUCUCAGUCGAUGAUUUUCUUUAUUCUUGUCUCUUGUCUGAUUGAGAUUGUAUUUGUAUUUACUAAGCUCUCAUCACUAUUAUUUUAUCCAUCAGACCAUGAGGUCCUUACUUGGCAGAUUAACAGCAUCAGAAACUCCUGAAUUAAUUGAUAAAAACGGUCAUCUAAUGGCAACAAAGAUAAGAACAGUACAGAAGAACAGAAAGAAAAUGGUGACUGAAGAACUCAAGGCUGUUAUAGCUGAAAGAGAUACAGCUGUAGAAAAGGUGAAUUCUGCUUUUUUUCUUGCUUUUUUUCUUAGCCUGCAUACAUGUCACUGUUAUUAGCCCUGUGGCAUGAGCAUUUCUUCAAGGCUGAUGUAAGCCAGCAAAAGGUCUGUGAACACUGUAUGUGGGAAAACAAUAAUGUCCUCGUAAGUCCUUUUUUUGUGUGUCCUGGACCUUUUGCAGACCUCUCAGCUUGCAUUGCAGUGGCUUGCUUUGCUCAAAGCCUUAACCCUUUAACUCCCAAGAUCUGAUUGUUAAUUCUCCCCUCUAGCUGCUACAUAUUUCCCUGUAAAUUGGCUACAAGAAUUUGGUGUUCAAUCAAAGUAAUGAUGAGUUUAAGUAUUCUCACUACCUAUUUGUCAGAUAAUCUAUGGAUAUAAUAGGGAGAAGUUGCAUGUUAAUCACUUCUGUGAGUUAUAGGGUUGAACUUCCUUUCUUAUUUGGCUUGGAUACAAAGGCUCUAAGGUUUAGAUCUUAUCAAACUUUGGUUAAAUUCUUUGAUUGACUGAUCGUUUGAUUCAUUGAUUAUCAGCAAGUAAAUUUGACUUGCUUUUCAUCCCUCUGCUUCUCUCCCAUACCUAGGCCAAAGCCCUCGAGGCAGAAGUUGUCAACCUGCGUAAAGAAAUUGAACUGAUGAAAAAUCAGCACAAGUUAAUGGACAAACAAAGGGUCAAAGCUAUUCAGGUAAGAUAUUGAAAGUUGGUGUUGACGAUAUAGUUUAAGUACUCUUUCCUCUUUCCUUGCCCCUCUUCUCCUCUCUAUGACCCUAAAAACCCUUGUUUGCCCCCCCCCUCCCUUCCCCUUCAGUACCUCCUAAAAUUUCAUCCCUCUGCUUUCUUUUUUACAAAUGAAUGAAGAGGGUAAGUUUCUGAAGAAACUGUCAUACUGCAUCAGGGGGAGGGUAUAACAGGGUAAGUUAGGGUUAUCAACUGCGUUGAUAAUAUAAAUUUGCCAUCAUAAAGAGUUUCAAAGGCUGACGUUUUGAACAUUACAGGGCUUAAAAUUAACUCCAGUGCUUGGUGGCCAGUCGGGCCAGUUUCUUUGAAUUCUUAGUGGCCCAUCCCAAAAUGAAGUAGCCCUUGAUUUCCUCUAGUUUAAAAUGAAGAACUUGAAUAAAUGCCCCAUAGCUUUUAAUGGAGCAUUAACUAAAAGGAAAGAACAAGCUCGUGAAAUCACUGUUAAAACAGCUCGCAAUUUCCACUUCAGAACUAAAAAUUCACUAAAAUGGAUGAUCUUAGAGUCCAGGGAAAGAAACGAAGAGAAAGGUAGUCCAAUGAAACUACAUAUUAAGUUUUAUUUUAACUUUUUACUUCGCAUAAUUUACAUUGCAACUUUUCAAAAUUCUGUAGCAUAGUUGCACAUCGGGUGUUCAAACCUUAACAUUUGGUGGCCCUGGUCAGUUUUAACUCGCCACUGGUGACUGUGCGACUGCCAAUUUUUAGCCCUGACAUUAGCCCAUCAUCAGAGCAAUUGAUGACAGGCUAACACUCUGACUAAGGGCUAAAGCUCAGAAUGUCAGCUUUUAAACUCUUUAUGGUGGCCAAUUUACAUUAUCAACUCAUUUGAUAAUACAAAAUUACCCUGUUUCUUCUUUACAGUCACAGUCAAUUCAAGCUCAACAGGAAAGAGAUCUAGCUUUGAAAAAGUCAAAAAGACUCGAGGAAGAAAUGGAAACAAUAAGAGUCUAUUACAGGUAAAAGUGACCUUACUGGAACCUGAGUGCAUCAUAUGUGUGCCAUUGUGUAGUUUUUGUUUUCGUUGUCAUUUAGAGAGGAAUUUAUGGUGAUGACAUUUGGGGCAUGUGACAUUCUGAUAACAAGAAUAGUCCCUCCUGCUGUUCUAUGUUAGCCAUUCAAAAGUGUAUCUCUUUUGGGUUAAAAAAAAGUUCAGGCUGCAUGUGCACAUUCACAUUCACAUUCUUUCCUUGAGGAUACAGUUUAUGUUGAGAUUAUCUAACAACCCUCAGCCCUCUUAACCCCUCUGCUGUCUACAGUGCUCAUUAACCCAUUAAUCCCUGAGAGUGACCAGCAUCAAAUUUCUCCCUUCCAUAUCACCCCUGAAUCAAACACUAAGGUCAUUAGAAAAAGGAAAUAAUAAUCAACUGAAGAAUCUCUUGAUUGUUAAACAAAUUCUCCUUGCUAGCACAUUAGGAAAUGUAUAGAAACAGUAUGGAGAAUAUGCAUACUGAUGUUAGGGUAUUAAGGGUUAAAUUUUCAUUUGUUCCCUUUCCUUCAGUUUACACCGCUCAUUGUCUCAAGAACAAUCCCUACGAGAUCAGUUUAAUCAGACAAUGGAUAGGUUUGAAACUCGCCUCAGAGCAAGAGAUGUAGAUAUUCAACAGGCUCAGCGUAGUUAUGAUGAAGUGGUCGAAAAACUCAAAGCCGUUUCACAAGAAAGAACAACUCUAGCAAAACAGUUGGAAGAGGCUUCGAAAAACCGACGACGUGAAAAAGAACGGGCUGAUAAGUAAGUUACCUGUAUUCAGUAAAUGGUUUGAGGCCAGGUUCAAUAGUCAAUCAUGCAGUGUGAUCGUCAAUAGACUACCCCUUUAACUCCCAUUAGUGACCAAGACAGAAUUUCUCCUUACAAUAACAAUACAAUAUCAGGCAGACAAGUGAUGAGAAUAAAGAAAAAUAUCAGUUAGGGUGUUAUAAGUUGAUUCAAUACCAAAUUCUCCGAACUAACAUUGUAAUAACUGUAUGGUAGACAGUAAAGAGAAUUACUAAUGAGAUCUUGGGAAUUUAAGGGCUACAAACAGGCACUGCCUGCUAUAAGAUUUGAGCUCAGACAGGAAGAGGGUUGGGGGAGGUCCAGCACUGAAAAUGAGCUGCUAAACCCCUUGAAGACCUCUCCCUGGCUUUGUCGCCCAUGACCUCAUAUUUUCCUGCAGGUGAUGAAAUGAAGAGCAAUAACAACAAGUUGAAUGAGUCCUUUUUAGGGUGACAAGCCUUUUGUCUCUGAAACCUCCUCUGGGAACUUGUUUUUUAAAGUUUGUCAACAAGGUUUCUACAGCUAGCUAACAUGCAGCAUUUCUUGAUCAGGGCCCAGUUGUGAAAAGGGCAGGCAAUAAAAUCCAAUGGAUAACUCGCUAUCUAGCUUAUAACUGUUAACAAAAGUUGUAGCACUAUCCACUGGAUAGGAAUUUUAUUCAGCGGAUAGCAACCUAUCCACCUUUCAAACAAUGGGGACUAGGUGUAUAAUUUGCCCUCUCUUUGAUUUCCAUAGGUUAGAGAGACUUGUUGGAGUUCUUCGCAAGCGCAUUUCAGAAACUGGCGGAACAAGUGUAGCUACCAUAAACUAG